AUGCUGUCGCGAUCAUUAGUACUGGGCCAUCUGUGUCUUCUAUGGCCUAUAGUCGUGUUGGCGAUCAGCCAAGCUCACCUUGCCGACCUUCGCAAUGCAACCACCCAAGUCUUCCACCAUGGCUGGGACAACUACAUGCGCGUUGCAUUUCCAGAGGAUGAGUUACGGCCGAUCUCCUGCACCCCACUGACGCGCGAUCCCGCGAACCCCGGAAACUACGAUUUGAACGAUGUCCUCGGCAACUACUCCCUUACUCUCAUCGACAGCCUUUCGACCUUGGCGAUCCUUGCAGGGACACCUUCCGAUGAACAUACCGCUGUCUGGGCUCUGCAGGAAUUUCAGCAGAGCGUGGCGGCUUUCGUCGAAUACUAUGGCGACGGGAGACGCGGGCCUUCCGGGGAGGGGCGCCGGGCGCGAGGCUUUGAUCUGGACAGCAAAGUCCAGGUCUUCGAGACAGUUAUCAGAGGAGUCGGUGGCUUGCUAAGCGCGCAUUUGUUCGCCAUCGGAGAAUUACCUAUACCCGGCUACAACCCUGCCCAAACCUUCAACGAAGACGAGGAUCCGCUGGAGCUGCACCCUAUAGCAUGGCCAAAUAGCUUCAAGUACGAUGGGCAGCUUCUCAGGCUAGCUCUGGACCUUGCGGAGCGGCUCCUGCCUGCUUUCUACACAAACACAGGCCUGCCAUACCCGAGAGUCAACUUACGACAUGGCAUUCCUUUCUACGUCAACUCCCCACUGCACAAAGUCUCUCGCGAUGACCCGGAUUCGCCUCGAGCGACAAAUGAAAAGACAGAUACGUGUAGCGCUGGUGCGGGAAGUCUUGUACUGGAAUUCUCUGUCCUCAGUAGACUCACGGGCGACUCGAGGUUCGAACAAUUGGCUAAACGGGCAUUUUGGGCAGUGUGGAAAGCCAAAAGUGACAUCGGUCUUGUUGGCAAUGCAAUUGACCCUGAAAAGGGCGAAUGGGUCAGCUUUGACUCGGGAAUCGGCGCUGGUGUUGACAGCUUCUUUGAAUAUGCACUGAAAAGCCAUAUUCUACUGUCUGGCCACGAGCUGCCAAAUGUUACAGCCCCAAAACCACCGACUGAUCGGCAAUGGCUCGAUCCCAACACGUUACACGACAUACCUUUGACGCCUGAGGAGAACUCCGCAGGGGCUUUCCUGGAGGCGUGGCACCAGGCGCACGCAGCGAUCAAGCGUCACCUCUAUAAUGACGCGCAUCACCCAUACUACAUGACGGGCCACCGAACUCGCGGAUACGCUUUCACUAGCUGGAUUGACAGCCUGGCAGCCUUCUACCCUGGCUUGCUUGCGAUGGCUGGCGAAAUCGAGGAGGCUGAGGAAGCCAACCUACUAUAUACUGCUCUGUGGACCCGCUACGGGGCGUUACCCGAGAGAUGGUCUGUACGUGAGAGACAGGUCGAUUCUGGCAUUGGCUGGUGGCCUGGCCGGCCUGAAUUCAUCGAGUCCAACUAUUACCUGUACCGCGCUACGAACGAUCCCUGGUAUGUGCACGUUGGGGAAAUGGUUCUCAGUGACAUCAAGAGACUGUGUUACACGAAAUGUGGUUGGUCCGGCCUACAGAACGUCGACACAGGGGAGAAGGCCGACCGUAUGCAGAGCUUUUUCCUUGGCGAAACCACCAAAUAUCUCUACUUGCUCUUCGACCCAGACCACCCUCUGAAUAAGCUCGAUGCUUCUUACGUUUUCACUACCGAGGCGCAUCCGCUGAUUAUUCCUCGGCGAAGGACGAAGCCAACAAAAAAGCAGAAGCGCCGCAAACAACACAGCAGCGUUGAUGUCUAUUACGACGAGAACUUUACAAACACCUGCCCUGUCCCAAAGCAAGUCCCUCUUACCGGUUCUGUUCUGGCUGCGCGGUCCGACGUCUUUCAUGCAGCAAGUUUUGUCAACUUACAUACCAUCUCCAACCCACGUAGUGGAGUGGAGUUGGUUCCCGCAGGCAAAGGCAAUGGUUCGAUAUCAAGAUAUAAGGCAAACCAUACUUUCUUCCCUUGGACGCUCCCACGCAACCUUAUCCCAGAUAAUGGCACAUGUGCCGCAUUGCCUUUCAAACCUACGCUGGUUAUCGAAUUUCCGGCAAACAUCCAACAAGGUAGCGUUGGGAGUGCUUUCAACAGCCUUUUUGCCAACACUGCCGCCUUCAAAACACCGGUGGGCGUCAGGAUCUCUGCUUUGAGUGGAUUGAAGGUCCACUUCGUUCAGGAGGAUUCGUUCGAUUCAGCGUACGAUCAUACCUGGAGGGUCACUCAGGUCAAUCAUAUGCCCCUGGGGCGAGACGAGCCGGUACAUAUCGACGCGGACCUCCUGAAAGGCAUCUCUGAUCCACUGUUCAAUCGCGUUCGCUACAAGGGGUUCGUUGAGCUCAUCAUGAUGCACGGGGAGCCGGAAGAGCGUAACGCUAGUGCACCGGCACCUGCCGAGGGGCUCGAGGUUGAGAUUGGUGACCUUGACGACCAGGUUCAGCUGACCGAAGAGGCGCACUCUGGGCUCGUAGAGGAUCAGGCUGCCGGCAAGAGUGUGAACACCGCCUACAGAUCCAUGCUCAAGUCCAUGAUUCGCGCUGUUACGUCGGUCUUUGAGCCUACCAACACCCCAGCGCCGCUCCCUGCUGGUGCCAAGACAAACUUCCACGUUGAGAGCUACAUGGGUGCUUUGGCAGUGGGGAAAGGGGCUGUUCCACUACCAGAUGUUUCUGAUGCUUCUAUCCCGAGCGACGAUACCCUUCCGAACCUCUCUUGGCAAACAGUCUAUCAGGCUGGUUUUGGGUGUGACGGUCGCCUGCCUGACGAGGCGCCUCGCAAUCACCAAGUUAUUGUCCUGCGUCGCGGAGGUUGCUCGUUCAGUGAAAAGAUUGCCAAUAUCCCCUCUUACACACCUUCACCACGAUCUCUACAGCUCGUUGUCAUUAUCGAUGAGGAGCAUCUUGAGACCAACUAUGUUUUCAGCCCCCCCGACUUGUGGGAAUACGAGAUGAUUAAACCUCAUCUCGACGUUGAACAGGUUACACCGUCGGGGCUGCGACGGCCGCAUCCCAUCGCCAUGGUGAUGAUUCGCGGCGGUGGACCCGAGGCUUAUGAGAAGUUUGGCAAUGCCCUCGGGGUGGGAGUUCGGAGGAAGUACUUCAUUGAGACUCAAGGGCGGAGGGUGGACAAUAUCAUUGUUCUAUAA